AUGGUGGAUUUACGGGAAGGGCAAGACGAGGAGCAGCAACCCCCGCCUGUUCGACAAGUGCUACAUAUUCAACAACCCCCACCAAUUCCACAGGAUCCAGCGGCUCAAGCAGUACCGCGAGUUCGGCCAGGUAUCGUUGCUAAUACUGGAGGCGAUGAUGGAGAGGGAAGCAGUGGUAGUAGCGAUGACGGGAGAGGAGACGGAGGGCAGCCAGGAGGACAGGCACCGCCAGGACCAGCAGGAGAUGGAGUAGGGGGCGGCUACCAAGCUCAGGGUGGACAACGGGCGGCAGCGCUACCCGUACCCCCCCCCCCUCCACCCCCAGCAACUGCACCGCUUUACGCAGCCCCGUCGACACCAGCGUGGGUCUACAAGGCACCUCGGCAGGAAAAGAAACUCCGGUUGCCGAAAUUUAAAAGCUUGGACGAACCGAAGUUGACGGUUAAAGCAUGGUUAAAGGCAGUGAAGAAUGAGCUGCGGCGACAGGUAACUUGA